CCGGCCGCUGCGGCUCAGCCAAUAGGCGUAGCGUUCACUCAGAGGUGGCAAGAUGGUGGCAACGGCGGUGGAGUUGGCGUCGCUGGAGAAAACGUUGGGGUUGAGUGGGGUCGGAGGGGUUCCAGAGCUGCAGACAAAUAACGGACCUGGUUUAGAGGGAUUGACAACCAUAGCAUCUCAUCUUGUAAAAGUGGCCAAAAAAGAGGAGCUACUAGGGACCACACCUGAGAAGAGUGCUUUAGUUCAGCAGUGGCUUGAAUAUAGAGUGACUCAAAUAGACAAGUGUACCACUCAAGAUGAUAAAAGGAUGAUUUUAAAGGAACUCAAUUGUUAUCUUGAAGAUAAGGUUUACCUGGCAGGAAACAGCUUCACUUUAGCAGAUAUCAUGUUGUACAACGGUCUUCAUCCUAUUGUGGCUGCACUAACUCAUGAAGAUCGAGAGAGAUAUGUGAAUGUUUCACGAUGGUUCAACCACAUCCAGCAUUACCCUGGUGUCCGACAACAUUUUGCUGCUAUCGUCUUUGUGAGAAACAGGCUCUAUCCUACCGUCCACUAGAAAAGCUGCACACACAGUGGGGCUGUAACUAAACAUAAUCUUGUCAGGAUUGAAAUAGUGAAGGUUGACAUGGGCACAUUUUCUGAUCCUAUCAUAGAUGGGAAUGAGCCAUCUCUUCUGUCCACCUGGUAUGUUUGCCUUUUGGUGAAAAUGUAACUCUCAGCUACUUUUUAACUUGUGUUAUAAAUUGGCUUCACAAUAAGCUGCUGUCUCAGUAUUACAGGUUUUUCCUACUGUGCAACCAUUUGUUUCAUUGAAUCAUGUUCAGAAUUGCUUAGUUUCCAGCACAGAAAGGGGCCAUUUUACUCACCCAUCCACAUCUGCAUUGAUACUCCACUCCAUCCAAAUCCAACUUAAUCAGGAUAAACCCUCCUGCUUAGCUGGUCUCUCCUUAACUGCCUCUGCUGUUUGUGAGUUCCACAUUCUUAAUGGUCCUACAGUAAUGAAGUUUUCAUUGAAUCCCCAGCAUAGUUUCUGGAUGACUGUCACAUAUUGACAAUCUCUAGUUUUGCUUUCCCCACAAAAGGAAAUGUUUUUCCUAAUGUCCACUCAUUCUGAUCUAUUUGCUCAUCCCUCAGCCAAUGCUUUUCAAGAGAAGGACUCCCGGCCUGUUCAUCUUCUCCUGAGAGGUUGAAACCUCAUUUCUGGUACCACCUGAGUACAGUUCUUCAAAUCUAGUCUAACCAAAGUCCGCUGCAGGUUUAGCAUAACUUCUCGACUUUUCAAUUUUAUUCCUCUAAAAAUAAACUCAAGUACUUGAUUUUUUUUGCUGGUCUUUUGGUUUAUUGGUACUGUAAGAUCCUUUGUUCUAUCACCACUCAGAGUUUACUUACCUAACAUUAUUACUUUUAACAAAAUGUGGAACAAGUCUCAUUUCUAAGCAGAUAUUUCUAUUUAAGGUAUUGCGGAAAGCUGAAGUUGUAAAAUAAGCAAGCAGUUUGACAAAGAUUGGUGUCAUCUCUUAAGUAGACUUGGAAAAAUUGUGUGAUUAAACCAUUCCAGCUGAUACUGGUAAAGAAAAAUCAACCAUCUAAGCUUGAUUUUAAUAAAAAUAAAUACAGCUUGCAUAUAGGGUGAACAAUGUGAUCUUCUGUCUGUCCCUGAUAUUUUAGUCUUCAACUACUCUAAUCUAUUCUGCCUACUAUUGAUGGUGACUUUACAGAAAAUACUUCUUGCUUUCUAUUGUGUUUCACUGUGGACUGUGCUAUUAAAUGUGCAUUUCUAAACAUGUCAAACAGCUAAUGUUUCUUUUCAUGUUAAGUGUGGUUUGGAAAACUUCCACAGCCAACUUGUUUUAUGUGGCUUAAAUGUUGUUUUAAAAAUGUUUACAUUUUUUAAUUUUUAUGAUUGGUGGAAAAAGUGCCAACUCUAAAAGAACUUUCUCAGCGGGAGCCAGCAACCUUGAAUGACUGUGAAGAUCCUUGACUUAUAACUACACCAAUUUUACACAGAUGCCCUCUUAAAUCUAGUAACCAUUUUACAUUGUAUGAUUAAUAUUUAUUGGUGGGUGUCUGCAAUUUGUAUUCUAAGGUAUGCUAUAAUAAAUCAUAAAUUUAAACUGA